AUGCUGCGCAAUCUACUACUGACUGCUUGCAUCUCAUAUACGUUAGCAGUCAUUUGCUAUGACUGCUAUGACACUGGACCUGAUCAUACAGCAUGCACGAAGGAACGAAAUUAUCAGCUAUUUUUUUUGGCCAAUUGUAUAUUUUGCAAAUAUUAUUUGCGCGUUUAUUUUGCGCAGUCUAAUUUAAAUCAUUUAUUUUCAUAUCUAAAUCAUUACAUGAUUCUUUUAGUCGACGCCGGUGAUAAUGCUACGUCAACAGCGUUCUGUUUAUUAGCAAUGAGAGGAGAUGAAAGUAUAACUCAGAAGACCGGUUGUUGGUUGGAACCAGAUGGUCGUGGUCGACAUUGCCUUUGCCACGAAGACUUCUGUAAUAAAUUAAUUCCACGAGACAAACAAUCUCCAAGUGACCCUAUGGUUCCGCUACUACCAAAUGCCGAAUUUCUCAAACAGAAUCCACUUCUGGACUAUCAAGAUCAUCUUGAGGAAUCUGUGGAGCAUGACGGUGCCGCUCCAGCGCCCGAAAAUAUUCUAUUUCCGUCAGCAGCUUCAAAAGAUCCGAGGACGGCUGGUGGACCAGAAGAUGAUGGUAUUUUCAGAAUUCUAAAUUUGGUACCUGUCGACUUUGCUGAUUAUGACCGAGAACUUUCAAAGAAGGAUCCAAAGUCACAGGAAACCCGUGGCUCAUCAACCCAUCCACCAGCACUAGUACUGAUGACAAUGACAUUGGCCACCUCGUGGGCUCGCCUAUUCGCCUUCAUUUAA